AUGCAGAUAUUACCUCUUAUUUUACACAAUACUUGGAAAGAUUUCUUUGACUCAUCAAUUUCAUACACACUUUACAGAAAAAAGCGCGAAUACCUCAAUGCCAGUCCAACAAAUAGCUAUUACAUUUCUCAUUGUCUCUUUAUUUAUCUUAACCAGACAGGUGCAAUUCGAAUCACAGAUACAUCAACAAAUCAUCUCAAAUUUCUCAUUGACACCAGCUCAUUUGACAAAUGUGAGCAUCAAACCGAUCAAGGCGGUUCCUUUUUCAUGAUUUCGAACAAAGGUGAGUGUAUUCAAAACAAAAUCUGCAGUUUUAACUCCAAAUCGCCAAAAGAAGGCACAUACUGCAAAGUUACCGUUUCAUCUACAUCUCCAUUUAAAAAUUACAUUCUUGAUUCAUCAAUUUCCACCAGCGGCGAUGAUAGUUUCCAAGGAACACGUAAUAUCUAUUUAUACAACGGCGAAACCCACAUGAAAUCAAUUAAUAUUUCAUUUUCAAAACUUGAAUUGAGAAAUUUAUACGAAUUUUAUUGCUGUUCUAAUUCAAACGUUUCACUUUCAACAUUUUCGAAUAACACAUCUACGAUCACUGAAUAUCAUCAAGAAUAUCACACUGGCUCAUCUGAUUCAAUCGAAUUUAAAGUUCUUUUUUGCAAUUACUUCGCAAAUAGCUGUAAUUACUUCAUCGCCACAGAUUAUGAUUUGAUUUUAUCUAAUUGCAGCUUUAAUAAAAAUAAUAUCCGAUUUUGGUAUUUCACACAUACCAAUAAUAAACAAGUUCAACUUAAAGGAUGCUAUUUUAACGAUCCUGGUCCUAUUUCAUUUGGAUCUGUCACAAUAACAGAACAAGUUAUUUCAAAUUAUCCAGAUAACAAUUAUUUAUCUAAUACUUGCUUACGCAUGAUCGAAGAAGAUACAGAAGAUGAAGAAAUUAAAGUCAACAAUAAAAGAAGAAAUAAAUUUAUUUUUUUGAUUUUUCUUGCUUCUCUUUAA